AUGAGAAUCCCAACCUACGUCUCCAUUUUUCUCGCCGUUCUCGUCUUGGGUGCCGGCGCCUCUCCUAUCGCAAACGAAGGAUCCGAUGUCCCUGCACCAAACCCCGGAAAUAAUCCUCACGGCCCGGGACAAGGUGGUGAUGGCGAAGGUGAUGGUCCCGGACAAGGAGGACAAGAACAUGAGAACCCCGGAGAGGGCGAUGGCCCGGCGUGGAAGGUCCGUCGUGUGGUGGAGACGGAUGUGCCGGGUUUAAUUCAGACAGGUGUUGUUGGGUUGCCGACAGCUACGCCGUCGUUUUAG